UAAAGGAUGAUGGCGACAUGCUGCCAUUCACGGUAUCUCGUGACUAUGAUGCCGACUCUCGUGAAGGAAUGAGCUUGCUAGACACGAGAACAGCGGAAGACGUGAUGGCCAUGCUGCUUAAAGGAACAAGCCCCGCACAAUUACAAGAUUCGGGAGACGAAGUGUCAGUGUGCAGUGAAACUAUGUUGGAACGCUUGCAAUUUCAUUCUGCCUUACAGUUACCGCCCUCGGUCUAUUCAGUGAGUCCCACUCUAGCCGUAGGAAAUACAAUACAGUACAAUGAGUAUCCCAAACCGCGAGAGUUUGCUAGUUACGCAACUACGCACAUUCCGGAUGUGGUGCCAACAAGAAACUUUCCCUUACGUACUGUACUUCCUGUCGAUGAGGUAAAAAAUAUUCCCAACCCUCAUUCACUUUCAACUUUAGCUAAGUUCCAGUCCGUAGACGAGAUGAGCUCUUCUAUGCUUGUACAGCCGCUGCAGAACAGCCAUUUUCCUGCAGAAAUGGAAAUUUUUCAUUUGUUAGAAGAAGCAGAGCUUUGCCACCAGUUGCAAAACGAUAAACGACUAAUAGAAUACGAACAAUGUGAGGAUACAAAGGCGUGGUUAUAUCUGCCAUAUGCGUCUACCGGCACGGACGCAACAUCCAGUCUGCAGCAACACACGAAGAAAGCAACCGCAGAAAGGGCGACCGACUGGGAAGGAAUUGCACGUAUUAGUCCAGACGUCCGUCACUCUCUGCUGUACCACUUCUCCAUUUCAGAGCAACCGGAAAAGUGGAGCUUGCAGUCAACGUCCAACGAAGCAUCGUCCGACCUGCCGUUACAACCGACUCUGACAGUAACAAAUCAACCGCCAGAGGAUUACCGUCCGAGAUACGAAAAAGAAGCGAUUGCCAACCCGAAGGGUUACAUGCGAAAUGAACGCAGAGAACCGGUUGCUCUCAAGUUGCACGGCGUGAAGUCAUCCGUCGGCGAUUUGAUUUUGACCGUCAGUGUUGUGACUCUUUCUGGUGCACCUCACCCCACCAUCUAUCCGACGUGCUUUGGCAAGAGGAUGCCGCCAGACUGGACAGUGAACGUGAGGAACAGGACGGUAAUGACCGUUUUACGAGCGUCCGAAAACUACGAAAAAAGGCUAAAAUACCUGGGCGUGAGACGAAACACAAUGAAAAACCUGGAUCUGGCUCACAUGAACAUGAAGCAGACCGACGUCACUAACUUUCGUGUACGCUUUCAAGUCGACGUGCCAUCCGCUACCGCGGGAGUCUUGCAGCCCGUCUUCGCAGAGACUCGUCAAGUACACGCUGUCUGCCCGGGAACGAUGACAAAACUGCGUAAAUUCAGAGAAUGCCAGUUGGAAAUGCAGGCAGAAGGAGCACUCGCCAAACACGAACGACAGCGUCAAACAAAGAGGCUUUAUCUAGAAAAUGACUUGUAAAAAACAAUUUAGAUAGAUUGUAGUUAGGAAUUGAAUUUUGACAAGAGAACAAAGUUUAGUUAGUCUGCCUUCAUUAUGCUCAACAAGACAUGAAU